AUGCCGAAACCCACCCCCGAGGAGGAUCUGGUCAUACCCCCACAGGACCAAAAGAUAUGCGGGACGAUAUGUGUGUGUCAAAUGACAGCCGUUCUCAGCGCCGUGGCCCUGGUCUACCUCACCGUAGCCAUUUACAUGCCCUACACAAGAGCUACGGCCUCAGGCAUCGAUCCAACACCAAUAAUGUGCACAACGACCCGAGCAAUCAACAAGGACAAUUGCGACUGGGGCUCCUGUGGGGAGUGGUGCCUCAGUAAGACCUCUGGGGCCUGCAUCCAGAUCUACGUUAACGUAAGGAAGAAUGGGACAUCUUUACUACUCUCUGAAUGUGGAAGUGCUGCUAAUAAAACUUGCUAUGGUAUAGAUCAGGAAAAUGCCAAGAAAUAUCACUGCAUUAGGGAUGAGUGUAAAAACUUGACAGGAACGUUUAAUUGUACUGAAGGGAAGUGCAUAAACAUAACUGACGCUUUUGAAUGUGCUUUUAGAGAAACAGAUCCUCCGUUAAAAUGCUCCGGUAGACGAGGGAAGAUCACAUGCAUAGACGUGCACGGAUUAUUUUCGUGCAAUAGAGGCACUUGUAGAAAAAUUAAAACUCCGUACAAUUGUGACCGACGUUGUGUUGACAUCCCAACCCGUAACAAAAAUGUUAUAGUGUUAAGUGGGGACAGAGUAUUUUUAGCAAAAUGUGUUAAAUUAGCACAAGAAGACACGGGGGCUAUAGUUUGGACGGACAAUGGUGAAGAAGUUUUAAUGUUAUCUUGCCAUGCUGUACACAAUGGAACUUCAGGGGUAGUAGCGGUGGAUUGUAUAAAUGCAGCAUUGCUACCAAAACCAGAAAUUUCAGAUUUAACCAAUUUCACUUAUCUUCAGUACUUGUAUCAAUCCAGAGCUGUUCAAAACCGUAUGAUUGCUCCUACUGAAGUUGAGCUGACCCUGGCUAACGACAGUCGCUUGAUGAUUAAUCUAGAAGGAUGCGUUAAUACCUUGGCCGAUGAAUGUAAAGAGUUCCUUAAAGAUUAUGGCAGAGAUGGUGCAGAUCAUAAUGCUAAGGCCAGAUUUCCUUGUUUCUAUACGGAGAACAAUCCAGAAAUAGCUGUCGCAAGAUUUGAUUUAGAUGCGACACAUCGUCAGUUCAUGGUGGCUCUGAUAUUGCCGACGGUCUUGGUUGUAGUAUCCUGCAUAACGCUCAUGUUGUGCCAACGAACUGUUGAAGUCGGCGACGAUGCAAAGAUGAGGUUUAAAAGUUGCGCUGGGGGACAAGCGGAAAUGCAAAUGUCUCCAAAUGAUCCUGUUUCUCCACUUUGA